CGCCACAGCACCGCAUCACAUGAUCAGACUGUAGCAGCUGUCUACUUCCACUCUUUUCCAUACAACAAUAGUGCGUUACGACACAACAAAAACGUUUAAAUUUGGAAUUUUUUUUUUUUUUUUUACAAAAAAGGAACACUAGUUUUGUAAGUAUACUCCAUCAGGAUUAGUUUUAUACCUUGAUGAGUCUAAAGUCUGCCGUAGGUGUGUUUUGUCCUGAAAUCUAACUUCCAACAAAGUGGUCGUGUUAUUUAAAAAAAACAAAAAAACAGGAACAUGAAACUUAUUAUUCUCGAUGACUACGAGGCGUCUAGCGAGUGGGCUGCAAAAUACAUAAGGAACAAGAUUUUGCUUUUUCAACCUGGGCCGGACAGAUAUUUCACCCUUGGUCUUCCUACUGGAAGCACACCACUGGGCUGCUACAGGAAACUUAUAGAGUAUUACAAGAAGGGAGAAAUCUCUUUCCAGUAUGUCAAGACGUUCAACAUGGAUGAAUAUGUGGGACUUCCCAGAGAUCACCCUGAGAGCUACCAUUCCUUCAUGUGGAAUAACUUCUUCAAGCACAUCGACAUAAGAGCGGAGAACACUCACAUCCUUGAUGGCAACGCUCCAGACCUGAAAGCAGAGUGUGACGCCUUUGAGGAGAAAAUAACAGCAGCUGGGGGCAUUGAGCUGUUUGUCGGAGGCAUCGGACCGGAUGGCCACAUCGCCUUCAACGAGCCCGGGUCCAGCCUGGCUUCUAGAACCAGGGUGAAGACGUUGGCAAAGGACACCAUCAUGGCUAAUGCUAGGUUCUUCGACGAUGACCUCUUAAAGGUGCCCACCAUGGCGCUGACUGUCGGAGUGGGCACCGUCAUGGAUGCAAAAGAGGUCAUGAUCCUCAUCACAGGGGCCCACAAGGCAUUUGCCCUUUACAAAGCCAUCGAAGAAGGCGUAAACCACAUGUGGACUGUAUCUGCCUUCCAGCAGCACCCGCAGACUGUUUUUGUAUGUGACGAAGAUGCCACCUUGGAACUGCGGGUUAAAACAGUGAAAUACUUCAAAGGGAUGAUGCAUGUGCACAACAAGCUGGUAGAGUUACCUUCUUCAGAGCCCAAGAAGUAGUUUAAAGGGGUGACUAGUGAACAUAAAAAAAAUACAUUCCAAUUAUUUGUUUAUGUUUUGGCAGUGAACUGUGAUUUGUUAUUACUGCUCAUUUUUAAUAAAAUGAUGUGUACUCGC